UUAAGCGUGGGAGGCGAGAGUGGGUGGAGCUAUAGAAAGGAUCCAGCAGGGUCAGGCGCAUAAUAGGAAUGGAGCUCCCGGUGAGAGUUUUUUAAAUAUUGGGUCAAUGAACAAAUGGGUGAAGGCAAUCGCUUUCUGAAUCGGCCUUUCACCUUUUGGACUGGUCUGGUGCACCCAGGCUGCGCAGAGGCUGUGUCGCGAGAAAUCUCUCUUUAUAUGUCUGCCGGCUUGCGUAGUGAGCUCCUUGAAAAGCUCUGACUCCCUCAGAAUACCUCAAAGAAGGUUCCCAGAGCCUGCAGGCAGGAGCCGAACUCAGCUGGGGGAAGGAAGCCCCGCCCCCCAGCCGUGGGCUGAGGUCUCCUGGCAACCGCCUAACAAAGUCCCUUUGGGAUCAGCUACCUUUAGCGCCUGCGCCCAGCUUCCCUGAUCAGAGUGGCUGCAACUGUGCAGCAGGUGCAGGAGCCCACAGGUGUGCCUACUCACAGGUAACCCUUGAGCGUAGGUUCAGCCUCCGUUUCACCUCAGACGCCCCAGGUCCCCCAGGCGCUGACUUCCUGGCAGCCAGAGUUCGGUAGCUUGAAACCUGAGUGAUGUCUGAGCCAGAGCUCUCUGUGCCUUGCCUCAGGGCAUCUUGCUGGGGUCCAGUGUGUACUGUGCCGGCUCACUUCCCCUUCCUGCAAGUGGCAGCUGUCUGUUCUAUGCUGGGCCCACCUCCAGGACUCUGCCUCAGCCUCUUGAGAGGAAUCACGUCUCCCACCUUCCCGUGCCUCCCGGGUCAGCGGUGAACUAGCUCACCUAGAUCUGGAUGCCAAGAGCACUCAUUGUCCAACUCCUGAUUUCUGAGAGAGGAGUUGCUGGGCUCAGGUCAGAGGAAUAUCGCUGCUCGUCACUGCCAGCUGCCUCUCUCUGGCUUCUUCACCCAUUGCUUCUCCUUAACUACGAAGCACUCACUGUAUAAGUAGGCCUCCACUGAAGCCUGGGACAUUGGAAACAACACAGAGAUGGGACCCGGAGGAUGGGCCUUCCUGCACUGGGCACGUUUACUCCUGAGGUCUUUGCUGUCUCCCACCAGGAUCGUUCUGGUGUUGUACAAGAUGUCCCUGCGGGCCUGGGAAUGGGAGGAAGAGGGGAGAGCAAGCAUGGAUCCUGCCUCCUCCAUGGCUAGUGCUUACCAGUCAGCAAGCGAGUUUGAGGAGACGGAGGAGUACCUGAAAUCCAGGACCCCAGCUCAGGAGUGGGACUCUGAGGACCAGUUCAGCAGCCUGCAUUCCUCAGAAGGGCCUGUCUGCACCUAUAACUCGGAUGUGCCCCAGGUUGUCCCCUGCAGAUUCGUUAUCUCUCUGGCCUUCCCCGCAAUAACGGUUCAAAAGGGAAAAGUCACAAAUUUUAGUGAUAAAAAGAAAACCCCUAAACCAGACAACCGGUCUGCAAAAGCUCGUCGAUUCUACCACAUUGAGUACUUUUUCCUGCCUGAUGACGUAGAACCCAAAAAAGUUGAUAUUGUGGUGUUUCCUGGAGUAGCCAAAGUGUUUCUGGACUCAGGAAUAAAGACCGUGAAGCCAUGGAAAGAAGAUGACAAAAUCUGGGUGUCAUGGAGCCAGACCUUUAAUGUCAACAUGACAAAGGAAUUAUUAAAGAAAAUAAACUUUCACAAAAUCACUUUGAAUCUCUGGGACACCAGGGACAAAGUUUCUAAAAAAGUCAGAUACCACCGGCUGAAGACAGCUGUUUACACGGAAGACCCAGAAUCUUUUGAGGAAGUGAAACUUUUGGUUUUAAGUCAGAAAAGGUUGUCUACAAUUUCCAGUCAUAAACCCAGCGUUGUCCCUGAGGAGUUGAAAGAAGAGAACCCACCAGGUGACCAAGAAAAGGCAGAAAAACACUUGAAGUCUCCACAAGAGCCCGAAAGCCCUUCUAAGAACAGUGAGGAAUGUGAGAAGUCACUCAAGACGGAAGACCCCUCUGGAUCUCGACGGACCCCGGCAAAAACGCCUGUUUCUUUGGCUGGAACAACCAUGAUGGAGAUCAAUGAAAUUAUCGAGAAAGCCUCAUUGAGCAGCUUAACAAACAUGAUAGAAAAACAAAAGUCUCAAAUUAAAGGGAAAGAUUCAGAGGUGAAGAAGAAAAGUCCAAAGAAAGUGAAGAAAUACCAGACAGAGGAGGAAGCAGACCCGAAGCUGCCAACAGCCACUGCCUGGAAGCCGAGCGUCUUUUCCAUCCAGCUCUCCGUCAUGCCUCUCCUUGCCGGCUGGCAAACGGUCAUCAGCCGUGGCAGCGAGAAGUCUGCCGACAUUUUAGAUUGCUUUUUGACUUUAAAAACUGAAGUUCCUAUCAUGACUGAAGAGCAAAAACAAGACUUGAACCCCUUGACCAUAAAGAUCAGGUGUGCCUCUUGCCUUCCGAUCCAGCCUUUAUCCAUUCAUGACCUGGAGAAGCUGUGCACCCCUGUGUACUGCAGAUACCAGUUCCACAAUACUCCAGUUCAUGAGACCAAGAGGGAGCCCCAUGGGACUCAUGUAUUUUUCCAGGAUAUCAAUGUCAUCUUCCUUGGGGCCAUGCACCCCAGUGACCUGAGGGAAUACCUGGAAGGGCCCCCUAUGGUGGUUGAAGUCCAUGACAGGGACCGAAAGUCAGAGGAGUACUCCCGGAAGCCUGCCCUGUUUGGAGAGGACCCCGUGGAUUCGUACUUCAACCUCCAAGCUUUCAUCUCUCCCAAAGACACAGAGAAUAACCCCUUUGAGUCCCAGAACAAGACAUGGGACCCUUAUGGAGUUGCCCGGGUCAGCUUUGCUGACCUCCUCCUUGGUCAUAAGUUCUUGAACGUGGUUGUCCCCAUCCAUAACUGUGAGCCAAAGUCUGCCAGCUGGAACCAGGAUAGGAGGAACAAAAAGUCUGUAGGGUUCCGGGCCCCCACAGAUGGCCUCCAGCACAGCUCAAUACCCACGGGCAACUACCUGGAGGCCAACUCUCUACUCAAGCUCCGAGUGGACAUCGCAGUGCCCCUGAGUGCUUGGUUCACUGCGCCUGAGCUCGACCUCAUGGGUAACCAGUUUGGCCGCAUCAUUUUUGUGUUCAACACCAAGAAGCUGGUCCUCCUGCAGGACCUGCUGCAGGACAUCACCAUGAUCAAUGCCAAAGCCCUGGAUCUGGACAGUUACCCUGCCCAGGACAUCCAGCAGAUCCUGUCGGCCUUCAGGGUGCGUGUGAGGAUCCAAGAGCGACAGAACCUAGAUGUGCUCACUGGCUUCCACCUGCUGGAUGGAAAGAUCCAUCUUUUUAUUCUAGAAGGCUUGGCAGAACACGGCUUGAGGCGGCUGUGGGACAGUUACCAGAGCAGGGUUACUACCUCUAAUCAAGUGCCAUGCAAGGUGCUCUACGACUCCAGGUUGCUCUUCCGCAGUCGCCUGUAUGCUGACCUGGAGACCAUUCUGUACCAUGUACACUUGUUCAGGCCUGUGUCGCUGCUCCUGCGGUACCCAGCGCUCUAUGUUCGUGGGGCUGUGCCACGCAUGGCUUUUCAGGCACUGGUCAGGAUCCAUGACAUCUGCCACAACAGCACCAGACUCAAGGAAGUGAUUAUGAGAGACCUGCUGCCUUCCUCCUCCAUGGUUAAAGACCUGAGUCAAGAGUUUGGGAUACCCGUUUCCCAGGAAGAACUCACAGAUGGAAAGCUGUUGGCCACAUUACCCCAGCCCACUCCCAAUGAAGAGAAUGUCCAGCAUCAGGCUUCUACCCUCCCAGGGGACAUCCAGACCCACCAGGAGAAGUACCUGCAGUGGCGGAACAACAUGCUGCUGAAGAACCAAGGCUAUAAGGAUAGCCUUGUUCAGAAAAAUAUCACAGAAGCCUACCAGUUCACCAAAAAGUCUCCAAAGUCAACAGUGAAGACAGUUAGAAUUGCCAUUCCUGAGAACAAAGGCGUCCACAACUACAGUAUCCAGACCCUGAAUUCCACAGAGCUUGCUAAGAAGGAGAUGUUUACAGAGAUGGCCAAAGAGCCAAUGAAGCGAUUCACAUAUUCACAAAAUUACCUCUCAGCUAUGGUGGAUCCUCAGGACCCAAAGGAAGAAGAGAAGAAAGCCCAGAAGAAGUCCCGCCAGGCCUGGCUCACACCUGGUGGGUUCCAAGUGUGGGGUCUUCAGAGCGCCACUGGAAGCUGCCAGCAGGAUCUGAGACUUUCAUCCAUCAAAGAGACGAAUGAGGAAUGGCAGGAAAGUGCACUGUUUGCCAACGUGCUGAAGCCUGUGUUGGAUCGGGAUAGGUGGAGCUGGAGCCAGCGACACCAGGACUUUGAUCUGUAUAAGAAGCCACCACUUUACCUUCAGGUGGCCCCUCUUCCAGCUAAAAAGCCUGCAGCUGGUAGGAGAAAGAAGGCAAGCAUCCAGUCUCCUGAACGGCACAGACAGAGUCAAGUCACAACAAACAUACCUAGUUCCCAGGACAGUCUCUCUGUGCAUGAAGAUUUACUGUCUCUCAAUGACCAGCACCAGAUACUAGGGACCCCAUCUCACCUCGAUCCUACUUCCGGUGAAUCUUCAGUGGGACCACAUCACCGGAGUUCCUCCUUUCCCAGCCGCUGGCUUCAUUAACGUUUGGAUGAUGGAGGGCCUUAGCCCAGUCAUCGUGACCCUGUUGCAAAUGCACUCUGGUUCCAAGAGCA